ACAGAGAGUUUACAGACACAUCGCCUUCGAGCUAAUAUAACGCACAGAAUUGUAUGUAUCUGAUUACAUAUUAUUAGCUACAGUGUUCCUGUAGCUCAAUUGGCAGAGGAAACACGGGAACACAUGAUAGGAUAUGGAAGGAUAAUUGAGUGAGUCAGUGUAUAAUCCUGAUUGUGUGUGUGUGUAUAAGCCUGUGUUGAUUCACAUGAGGACAUUAUGCUUCUGUUAUUAUGAACAUGUGAAGCUUAUUAGCAUUGUCUGACACUUUACAACCAAGGAACAAUACGCAUACACACACUUCUUUCAGCUGAGAGACACUACCAAAACUACUGCAGAAUGUGUAGUCUGGAUGAAGUGCCAUUUAAAGUUUCUCUGGACUCAGUGGAGAUACAGAUGGGUCAGAAAGAGCCGGCCACAGCUCCUGAACUUACCAUCCCAGACUGUGCUCAAAUACUGCGUGAUACAAAGUAUUCAUUCACUCUGGAGAAAAAGAUCCUGGCCGCAUGGGAAGAACAGCAGCGGAAGAACAGGAAAGCCAAAAAAACACCCCAGAGUGUGUGUCCCACCUGCCCGCCAUAUUGGCUGAUGUUCAGCAGCCCGCAGCAGAACCGCAGGGUGUGCCUCAGAAACGCAGAAUUAUGGGAACUGGGCCCUCGCCCUCGCAGCUUAAGCCUCAGUGCUGCUGACUCGCGUAAGCUCCGCCCACUUCGGGCGGUCCAGUUCCUCAUUGCCGACGAGGACUUCGAGGGCGGCUACGGUGAAGACAACGAGAGCUCGUCUGAGGAUGAUACUGUUCGAAGCAAAGGGAGACCGAAGAGUUCCGGCCAACAGUGCUCGUGGAUUUCCACCUGUCACACCCAGCGAGACUCCACCCCUCACCCCGCCCCUUCUAGCAUGCCCCACAAGGCCCGGCCAAGCUCCGCCUCCUCUGUAAAAGACAUACGUAGGCCCAUCCCCCCUGGCCUCAGCCAGACGCCACAGGGCAGCCCUCACAGCUCCAGAGCCCCCCGUAGGAAACCCGCUGUAACGAGAAGCAGCGGGCGACGAAACUCACACUCCCUUCUACAACAGAGACCCUCAUCUGCAGGACCAGUGCCCUCCGCCAGGCUUCAGAAAACAUCCUCACAUGGUGUGCGUCCGAGGACGUCCGCAGGGCUACAGGACGCUGCAGCAGAUCUGCUGUGUGCUUUGAGUCAGGAGGAAAGAGAUCUUCUUGAAGCUGUUACACAACACGGAUACACACUGCACACUGCCAUACUAGCACUGCAGAAGACAGGGCCCAAGAAUCCUGAUCAGGUUUUGAGUUACCUGAUGUCAUGUGACCGUCUCUGUCGGCUGGGUUUUGAGAAGACUCAGGUGGAAGAAGCUUUGGAGAUGUUCCAGAACUGUGAGACCAAGGCUUCAGAGUUCCUGUUUCUGCUGGCUCAGUUCUGUGAGAUGGGUUUCCAGCAGAGCACCAUCAAAGAAGUUCUACUGGUGCAUGAGAACCAUAAAGAGAGAGCCCUGGAGGAGCUUAUGACCCGCAGUGGCUGAGAACACACAAUAAUCCACUGCUAUAUGAGCUUAUGAAUCAGUCUUCAUCUCUAUUAAUGCAUUAAUAAAUAUUUAUCUUCAGCUCCAUGAAUUAAUGUAUAAAUACUAACAAAUCUUUCAGGAUGAAUGUAUCAUUUGCAGCUUUUAUAGUUCAGACAUGUCUUUCAGUUUCUCAUGCAGAAAAGCUGCAGCAGAUCUGACUUUUAGAUUAAUAACCUCUCCAUGAAAGAACUGAAGAUCAGUUUUACUGACAGAAAGGACUUUAAUUAAUGUUUCAUUUAUUAUGCAUCUGUUAUUUAGUUUCAGGACUAUUUCCUGAUGUUUGGAAUUUAAUAAGAGGUUCAGUUUUGCAUAACCAUUGUCAAACAGUAUCACCUCUUUUUAAACUCUUUAAAACUUUAGUUAUUGGUAUGUAGCAUCAAAAGUCAUGUAAAAGAACAAAAAAAUAAUAAUAAACCUGAUCUCUGAUUGA